AGCAGGUACUAUCCUUUGUCGAGGCCGCUAGUUAUUUUAGCAACGAUCGAAUUUGGAUAACCAACAAACAAGUUGCUAUAAAACGUGUGAGACAUUUUUGUUUCAGCACAGUUCGAUCGGUUUCAUUGCUCAGUCAACAGCAACUGCCUUUUCCUUUAGUAACCAUGGCAUUUAAGUUUGUGUCCUUCCUCGCCCUGGUGGCCGUUGCCCGUGCUGGAAUCAUCGCAAGCCCAGCUCUGUCCUACGCCGCAGCUCCAGCCCUAUCCUAUGCUGCUCCAACUCAACUAGCCUACUCCGCUCCAAUUGCCAAAACCAUCUCGUAUGCCGCCCCAGUCACCAAAACCCUAGUUGCCGCCCCUCUGACCAAAACGAUCGUCGCCGAUGAGUACGACCCGAACCCACAGUACUCAUUCUCGUACGGAAUCUCCGAUGGUCUGACCGGAGACCAGAAGAGCCAAGAGGAAUCCCGCAGCGGAGAUGUCGUCCAUGGUUCGUACUCCGUUGUUGAUCCCGAUGGUUUCAAGCGCACCGUUGACUACACCGCCGAUCCCCACAAUGGAUUCAAUGCUGCCGUCCGUCGUGAACCAAUCGGAGUGAAGACCGUUGCUGCUUAUGCUGCUGCCCCUGUGGCCACCAAGACCAUCGUCGCACAGCCAGCUUACGCCACCUACUCCGCUCCUCUGGCCACCAAGACAAUUGUUUCCCAGCCUGCUUAUACCGCCUACUCUGCUCCAUUGGCCACGAAGACGAUCGUGUCGCAGCCUGCUUAUGCAGCCUACUCCGCCCCGCUGGCUACUAAGACCAUCCUUUCGCAGCCGGCCUACGCUUCCUAUGCUGCCCCCGCGCUGUAUCAUCACUAUUUCUUGUAGUUUUUGACCUUCCUCGCACUGGUGGCUGUUGCCCGAGCUGGCGUAAUCUCCGCCCCACUGACCUAUGCUGCUCCAGCGCCAGUGGCCUAUGCUGCUCCGGCUCACGUGGCCUACGCUGCUCCAGCCCAAGUGGCCUAUGCUGCUCCAGCCCAAGUGGCCUACGCUGCUCCAAUUGCGAAGACCAUCGUUGCUGCUCCGAUCACCAAGACCAUCGUUGCUGCUCCGAUCGCCAAAACCGUUGUCGCCGAUGAGUAUGACCCGAACCCACAGUACUCGUUCUCGUACGGAAUCUCCGACGCCCUGACCGGUGACCAGAAGAGCCAGCAGGAGUCCCGCAACGGAGAUGUCGUCCAGGGAUCGUACUCCGUCGUUGACGCGGACGGUUUCAAGCGCACCGUUGAGUACACCGCCGACCCACACAAUGGAUUCAACGCCGUGGUCCACCGUGAACCAUUGGCCGUUAAGGCCGUCGCCCCAGUAGCCAAGCUUGCCUAUGCCGCUCCAGCCGUCGCCAGUUACGUCGCCCAGCCAGCUGCUGUCUAUGCCGCUGCACCAGCCGUGACCAAGACCGUCGUUUCGCAGCCCGUCGUCUACUCGGCAGCUCCGGCCAUCACCAAGACCGUGGUGUCUCAGCCAGCCAUCGGAGCUUAUGCUUACCAUCACUAA